GGUCGCUGACAGCGAACAGGAAAGUUUACGCUACAAGUUGAACAUGCCCGAAAUACGCCCCCUGUCGGCGAGUCUGCAACGCACUGCCAUCGAGGAGCUGAACGAAGUUCCCGAUCGCCUGGACGCGGAUAUUGCAACUCUGCGCACCUGGAUUAAACAGCAGCCGCAUUUGCGCUCCCGCUCCGACGAUCAGUUCCUGGUCGCCUUCCUACGCGGCUGCAAGUUCAGCCUGGAGAAAGCCAAGGCCAAGCUGGACAAGUACUACACCCUGCGCACUCUCUAUCCAGAAUUCUACACCAUAUCCGAUGUUGACAGCAAACGCACUCACGAACUGCUGCGUCUGGGGGUAGCAUUGAGGUUACCAAUACCGCUGCAUGACAAUGGACCACGAAUUAUCUAUGUGCGUCCCGGAUGCUAUGCCGCGGAUAAAUAUAGCUUUGAGGAGAUCAUAGCCAUUGGGCACGGAUUAACCGGGAUCACUUUGUAUAAUGACGACUAUGCGGUGAUCCAUGGAUUUCUUUUUGUGCUUGACUUUAGUAACUAUACGCCGGCACAUAUGGUUCAGAUGACGCCGAGCACCGCCAAGAAGAUGUCCGUCUUUGGGCAGGAUGCAAUGCCCGUGCGCGAUAAGGGCAGGCAUAUGAUUAACACCAACGCCGUCUUCGAGUUGAGCUUUAACGCGAUACGUUCGAUUUUGCCGACCAAGGAACAGAAUCGCAUAUCUGUGCAUGGCAGCAAUCUGGAGUCACUGUAUGCCCACAUUCCACAAAAAUAUUUACCAGCCCAUCUGGGCGGUGAGCAGGGCACCAUUGAGGAGCUCAUUCAACAUCACUUGAAUGUUUUUACGGAACAUCGAGAAUUCCUGAUAGACGAGACAAACUAUGGCGUGGAUGAGAAGCUGAGACCAGCCGGUCAGCAAUACGAUUACAACAGCAUCUUUGGUGUCGACGGAUCAUUUCGCAAGCUGAACUUCGAUUGAAUGAGGCAAAGUAAACAGCUAGUUUAGUGGGUAUUAGCCAGUGCUUGAGCAAUCAUUCUGAUUUUCUGCUAUUAAUAAUGCAUUUUCAUUUGGUUAUCGCAUGAAUGGAAUAUAUUCGCCCACAUAAAGCACAAUCACCUUAGAUUUAUGUGAAUUCCAUGCAUCAAUUUGUUAUUUCUUGAACGAGUAUAUACUUAACAAUCUGAAUUAUACUCAGAAAAAAAGAAAAAGUCUUCAAUGAA